AUGAUGAGGAGAUGGUGCUGGUUGAGCAGCAAGAUAUCUCCACCAUCAGAGGCUUACAACUACUCCUACUCCUACUCCAAAGAGCAUCAUCUCAUUUGGCUCAUCCAAUCAUGCAUCACAAUGCGCCAUUUGGAACAACUCCACGCCCGCAUCAUUCGCACUGGCUUCGACCAGCACAUCUUCGUCCUCGCCAAGCUCCUCACUUUCUGCGCCGACUCCGACCACCACAUCGCCACUGACCACGCCCUCUCCCUCUUCAACCACAUCCAACACCCAGACACCUUCAUUUGGAACACCGUUAUUCGAGCACUGGCAAAAGCCCGCAGGACCCAAGACGCUUUCCUCCUCUUCCGCACUAUGCGCCGCAGCGGCAAUUCUCCGGAUAACUUCACCUUCGCCUUCUUGCUCAAGCUGUGCGGGGACCUACCCACCGCUGCGAUGGGCGCGCAGCUCCAUGGCUCUGUGCUGACACAUGGUUUUCAAACCCACUCCUUUGUGAGGAACACUCUCGUCCAUAUGUACGGUUUGUUCGGCGACAUGUCUAAUGCCUAUCAAGUGUUUGAAGAAAUACCCGGCGCGGAUGCUGACAUAGUGUUGUGGAACAGUCUCAUCGACGGCCACGUCCACUGCGGCCACUACCGAGAAGCGCUACGAGUGUUCGAGAGGAUGCAGAGGAGCGGGUUCACGCCAGACGACGCCACCAUCGUUGUCACCCUCUCCGCCUGCUCCGAGUUAGGCGAGUUGGAUUACGGGAAACGGAUUCACGCGCGGCUCAGCCGCUCCAUGCUACGCGAUUUCGUCUCGGUUUCCAACGCGCUCAUUGAUAUGUACGCCAAGUGCGGGGAAAUCGAUCGAGCGGUAGAUGUGUUCGAGGGAAUGAAGGAAAGGAGUGUGAUUUCAUGGAACUCGAUGAUACUGGGACUGGCCAUGCACGGGCGUGCGGGUCAAGCGCUGGUGCUGUUUGACAGAAUGCGCGGUCAAGCGUCCCCCGAUGGCAUUACGUUUUUGGGCGUGUUGUGCGCGUGCGCGCACGGAGGGCUCGUGGAGGAAGGGAAAUACUACUUUGAAAGCAUGACAAAGGAUUAUGGGAUCAAGCCUAUGGUUCAGCAUUAUGGUUGCUUAGUUGAUCUAUUUGGGAGAAUGGGGUUUCUCAGGGAGGGGUAUGACUUGAUUAAUGGCAUGCAAGUGAAGGGCAAUGCUGUGGUCUGGCGAGCACUGCUGGCAGCUUGUAGAGUUCAUGGGGAGGUGGAGCUAGGUGAGCUUGUCCAGAGAAAUCUCCAGGAGUUGGAAGAGCACAGCAGUGAUUAUGUGUUGCUCUCCCAUGUCUACGCUGGUGCUGGACAGUGGAACCAAGUGUUUAGGCUCAGAGGGAUGAUGCAUGGGAGAGGAGUUAAGAAGCCAGGACCUGGCAACAGUUUGAUCAGGGAACACAUGUUCUAG